CCGGCUGUCUUGCAUUCCAGCCACGCGGUCCAAACUGACAGGUUCUCCCGCCCCCCAUGUGCCGGUAUAAAAUGCGAUGUGGGACUGAAUUCUGUCCUUUCUCCGGUCUGUUCCAGGGAUAACUGCCGCAAUCUUUUACAGCAGUAAAUAAAACAUGGGGAAGGAAAAGACCCAUAUCAACAUCGUGGUCAUCGGCCAUGUCGACUCCGGCAAGUCCACCACCACCGGGCACCUGAUCUACAAGUGCGGUGGCAUUGACAAGAGAACCAUCGAGAAGUUCGAGAAGGAAGCUGCGGAGAUGGGCAAGGGCUCCUUCAAGUACGCCUGGGUUUUAGACAAACUGAAGGCGGAGCGUGAGCGUGGUAUCACCAUUGACAUCUCCCUCUGGAAGUUUGAGACCAGCAAAUACUAUGUGACAAUUAUUGAUGCCCCUGGGCACAGAGACUUCAUCAAGAACAUGAUCACCGGCACAUCGCAGGCUGACUGUGCUGUGCUAAUUGUGGCUGGAGGCGUAGGUGAGUUUGAGGCUGGCAUCUCCAAGAACGGACAGACCCGUGAGCAUGCCCUGCUGGCCUACACCCUGGGAGUGAAGCAGCUCAUUGUUGGAGUCAACAAGAUGGACUCCACUGAGCCCCCCUACAGCCAGAAGCGUUUUGAGGAAAUCACCAAGGAAGUCAGCGCAUACAUCAAGAAGAUCGGCUACAACCCAGCCACCGUUGCCUUUGUGCCCAUCUCUGGUUGGCAUGGAGACAACAUGCUGGAGCCCAGCAGCAACAUGACCUGGUUCAAGGGAUGGAAGGUUGAGCGCAAGGAGGGAAAUUCCAGCGGCACCACCCUGCUGGAGGCCCUGGAUUCCAUCCUGCCCCCAAGCAGGCCCACCGACAAGCCCCUGCGUCUGCCCCUGCAGGACGUCUACAAAAUCGGAGGUAUUGGAACUGUACCCGUUGGCCGUGUGGAGACUGGAGUCCUGAAACCUGGCAUGGUGGUGACCUUCGCCCCCGCCAAUGUGACCACUGAGGUGAAGUCAGUGGAAAUGCAUCACGAGUCCCUGGUUGAGGCUCUCCCCGGUGACAAUGUUGGCUUCAACGUCAAGAACGUGUCCGUCAAGGAAAUUCGCCGUGGUAACGUGGCCGGUGACAGCAAAAAUGACCCUCCCCAGGAGGCUGGAAACUUUACGGCUCAGGUCAUCAUCCUGAAUCAUCCGGGACAGAUCUCCCAGGGUUACGCCCCUGUGUUGGACUGCCACACCGCCCACAUCGCCUGCAAAUUCAGCGAGCUCAAGGAGAAGAUUGACCGCCGUUCUGGCAAGAAGCUUGAAGACAACCCCAAGCACCUCAAGUCUGGAGAUGCCGCCAUUGUCGUCAUGGUGCCCGGAAAGCCAAUGUGUGUCGAGAGCUUUGCCACCUACCCUCCACUGGGUCGCUUUGCUGUCCGUGACAUGAGGCAGACCGUGGCCGUGGGUGUGAUCAAGGCUGUGGAAAAGAAGGCUCCUUCCACUGGCAAGGUCACCAAGUCCGCACAGAAGGCUGCCAAGGCGAAAUGAACUCCCCUGCCUGACCCAGACCCCCAGCGUGCCGUGUCUGUGGCUCCCCGCCCCACCAUGUGUCAAACCCUGAGUUCUCUGUUGAAGGACUGGCUAAUGCUGAUCAAAACCCAUCGCAAAAGUUUUCGCAGGAAAGGGAAAAAAGUUUGUUUUAAAAAAACUGCUUUGGGGGGGGAGGGGAAAUGCUGUUAACUAUAAUAAAAAUGAUCAAUAAUUGCAUAAAUAAGAAA